AUGCGGAACCCAUUUGAUCUCGAUAACGACAGCAUCGACGGUGAUUCAGAACCCGCCCAUGAUGAUGACUUUGACCUCCCAGUGAGACCUCACCAAACAGAUGAUGGUGACCGGGCACUCUUGCAAGAUGAAGAGGUGGACCGACAUGGGGAGGACCUAAAGGAGCGUUUUAUCGGCACUAUCGACCAGGGUACCACCAGCACCCGUUUCAUUAUCUUUGAUUGCACAGGUGUUCCCAUCGCCAAAUACCAAACGGAGUUCCGUCAACUCCACGAACAUCCAGGAUGGCACGAACAAGACCCCUACGAAUUGGUUGAGUCGGUUUUUAUUUGUAUCGAAGAGGCAAUGAAGUCAUUCCUUGCCUUGGGUCACUCCAGAUCGGAUAUCGAAGCGGUAGGAAUCACCAGUCAACGAGAAACCGCCCUAGUGUGGGACUGGGAGACCGGCGAGCCCUUGCACAAUGCUAUUACUUGGACCGAUACCCGCACCAUGAAUUUGGUCAGAGAGCUCAAGGCGAAGCCCGGUGCCGAUGAACUGGUGAACAUUUGCGGUCUACCCCUCUCCACAUACCCCUCAUCGGUCACCUUGCGAUGGAUGCUCGACAACCUACCCGACGUCCGCUCCGCUUACGACGAGGGCCGUGCUGCCUUCGGUACCGUCGACAGCUGGCUUAUCUACAACCUUAACGGAGGUCCCCAAAACAAGCGUCUGGUCACUGAUGUCACCAAUGCUUCGCGUACCAUGUUCAUGAACCUCGAGACCCUCCAAUACGACGAUCGGCUUUUGAACUUUUUCGAUAUCGAUCCCAAGAAGAUCCGCCUCCCGGAAAUUUUCCCAUCGGCCGACCGUGAGGGCUUCGGAGAGAUCUGCGAGGGUCCUCUCGAAGGUGUCCCGAUCACCAGUUGUCUGGGCGACCAAGCCGCCGCGUUGGUCGGUCAUUGUGCCUUCACCCCCGGUUCUGCCAAGAAUACCUACGGUACCGGAUGCUUCCUACUAUAUAAUGUGGGCGAAAAGCCCGUUAUAUCGAAACAUGGUCUACUUGGCACGGUCGGUUUCCAAUUGGGCCGGGAUCGCAAGGCUGUCUAUGCAUUGGAAGGUAGUGUCGCGGUAGCUGGCAGCGGUGUGUCAUUCCUCAUGAAUAAUAUGGGCUUCUUCCGCGACUCUCGCAAGGUCAGUGAUCUUGCUGCAACCGUCCCGGAUAGCGGAGGUUGCGUGUUCGUCACUGCCUUCAGUGGUCUCUUUGCACCUUACUGGAUUGAUGACGCCAAGGGAACUAUUUGGGGUAUCACACACCACACACAGCGAGGACACAUUGCUCGCGCAACUAUGGAGGCUGCAUGCUUCCAAACAAAGGCCAUUCUGGACGCCAUGGAGAUGGACAGUGGCAAGAAGCUGACCGAAUUGGCUGUGGAUGGUGGUAUGAGUAAUUCCGACAUUUGCAUGCAGACUCAAGCCGAUAUCAUCCAAAUCCCUGUUGAGCGACCCGCAAUGCACGAAACCACCGCCCUCGGUGCAGCCAUCGCUGCCGCCUUCGCCAUCGAUGUAUGGAAGGACUUUUCCGACCUCAAACACAUGAACCGCGCCAACCGCGCCACCUUCGAACCCCAAAUUACCCCCAAGGCCAGUGCCAAAAUGUACAAACAGUGGUCCAAGGCCGUGGAAAUGUCCCGAGGCUGGAUGGCAGGCAAGGAGGAGUCUGACGACGACGAAUAA